AGUCUUGUGUUGGUCAUAUGACAAAACUUUCACAAUCAUCUUUUCCUCGAUUUCACCCUCUAAUAUCUCAAAGGAAUGAACCAAACGUCAUGGAAAGCUUGAAUAGUUUAGAAACUUCAAACCAGCCGGAAAUUAUCACUCAGACUGUUGAUUCGGAUGCUUUUGACUCAAACAUUACGGAAUGUCAAUCGCUACUCAAUCCCGAUUUAGUUGUGUACCCCAUGCGAUCUUUAAUCGAUGAAAAGAUCAGCAUCGUCGUUAGAGGUCUCACUCCAAGACAGCGCAUAACAUUGAAGGCAAAACUAACUGGAGAUUCCAAAGAAGAAUUCGAAUCUUACGGCCAUUUUAUCGCGGAUGGAGCAGGAAGGGUUUGUAUUGCGGAAACUCCAUCGUUAUCGGGAACAUACACCGGUGUCGAUUCUAUGGGUCUACUGUGGAGCAUGAAACUUUUACCUGGACAGAGGAAAGGGCAACGGCUAAGCAAGAAAGACGUCACAAAACCUUAUUACGUUCACCUCCACUUAUUUAAUGGCCAUGUUGAGGAUUUUGCCUGCAAAGAAGUGAAGGAACUGCAGCCGAUCCGUAGCGUGACAUUUGAGAGGUGUUACAUGACAUGUGGUGUGCGAAGAAUUCCUGUUAGGAAUGGAAGGUUGCGAGGUACUUUGUUUUUACCUCCUGGAAAAGGACCGUUCCCUGGUAUCAUUGACUUGUUCGGCACGAUUGGAGGUUUAGUAGAGUUCAAGGCCUCCCUUUUGGCCUCUCAUGGCUUUGUAGCCCUAGCCCUGGCCUACUUCGCGUACGAUGACUUGCCAAAGGUACCAACAGAACUUGAGUUGGAGUACUUCUUCGAGGCCUGUGAUUGGAUGCUGGCGCAUCCUGACGUCAUGUCCUGUGGUCUGGGAGUGAUGGGCGUUUCUAAAGGUUCGGAGUUAGCUCUUAUUUUAGCAACACAUCGGAAAGAAGUAACUGCGGUUGUGGGUAUCUCUCCUGCGCAUGCUCUCAUAGCUUUUCCGCUGAAAUAUAAAGGAGAGCCGUUGGCCUUCCUUAAAUUUGAACCGGAUCUCGUCAAGCUGUCAGAAAAUGGAGCUAUGAUCUUUAAAGAAUCAUACCCGCCGGAUGCGACUGAUGGUCCGAGACGUUCCGCUACCAUCGCAGUCGAGAAAAUUCAGGGGGAUAUAUUGCUUAUAUGCGGGGCUGAUGACCAGAAUUGGAGGGCACAGGAAAUGGCACGCAAAAUCCGUUCCAGAUUGCAUAAAUACGGAAAAGGAUCGCGUUGUACAAUCCAUACUUAUCCCGGAACGGGACAUUUGAUUGAGCCUCCUUACACACCCACGUGUCAUCUUUCCUAUCAUAAGUCGUUUGGGAUGUGUGUGGAAUGGGGCGGUGAACCACGACAACAAGCAUUCGCCCAAGAAGAUUCCUGGAAACAUAUCUUAAACUUCUUCGCCAAUAACCUGUCAUUGAAGAAUAAGAAAAGUCGUUUGUAGUUCAACAUUUAGUUCUCUAGGUGGAUUCUGGGCCAAUUUGCAUGGACGCUGAAACCUGAUUUCAUUCGAUUGAUUAUCAACUCUACUUGAUAACGGAACGUAAACCGCCGUAGCGAUGUUUAAUUAACGAAAGAUCGCUAACAAGAGAUUAUAAUGUCUUGUCGAUUAUCAAUUUAUUGUUUCAUACGCCUGCCGACGCAGUACAAGAGUUUCUUUUUUCGAGGAAAAAAAAGUUGAGCAAUUCGUAAAUGUGUAGAGUCAUUAGGUGUCGAUAACUGAUGAUUUAGAACAUUUAAAAGCAACUAAAAUGCAAGGCUCGUCAUUUCAUCCUACCCUCUGGAAAAGUUUAAAAUUAUAUCGGGCAAUAUGGAUGUACUAAACCGCAACUUUCUGUUCUGAUUAAGAAAUAGGCGUACAAAAGAGAAUCAGCAGAUGUACUCUGUUUAGCACAUACCACAUACCUGUUGAAGGCCUAAAUGUAAUAACUGUCUUAAAUGUAAUAAAGUCCUAAAUGUAAUAACA